AUGUUAAAUAUGAAAAUCCAGGUCUUGUGCAGUUCAUUAGACAGACGUAGGAAAAUUCUGAUAUUUUUUUUUUUUACUUUUUUCACUUUUUUUUUUUAUCUAUCUAUCUAUCUAUCUAUCUAUCUAUCGCAUUAUAUUCAUAUCUAUUUAUCUCAUUCUAUACAUAUAUAUUUAUCUCAUUCUCUUUCUAUCUUUUUCAUUCUAUUCAUAUUUAUCUAUCUAUCUCAUUUUCUUCAUAUCUAUCUCAUUCUAUUCAUAUCUAUCUAUCUAUCUAUCUCAUUCUAUUCAUAUCUAUUUAUCUCAUUCUCUAUCUAUCUGUAUCAUUCUAUUCAUAUCUAUCUAAUCCUCGAUCUGAUUUUGUUUAUACCUGUCUAUCUAUCUCGGUCUGUUCAUAUCUGUAUAUCUAUCUAUCUCAGUCUGUUCAUAUCUAUCUAUCUCAGUCUGUUCAUAGCUAUCUAUCUAUCCCAGUCUGUUCAUAUCUAUCUAUCUCAGUCUGUUCAUAGCUAUCUAUCUAUCCCACUAUCUAUCUAUCCCAGUCUGUUCAUAUCUAUCUAUCUAUCCCAGUCUGUUCAUAUCUAUCUAUCUAUCUAUCUAUCUAUCUAUCUAUCUAUCUAUCUAUCUAAGUCUGUUCAUAACUAUCUAUCUAUCUAUCUCAGUCUGUUCAUAGCUAUCUAUCUAUCCCAGUCUGUUCAUAUCUAUCUAUCUAUCCCAGUCUGUUCAUAUCUAUCUAUCUAUCUAUCUAUCUAUCUAUCUAUCUAUCUAUCUAUCUAUCUAAUCCGUUCAUAUUUAUCUAUCUAUCUAUCUAUCUAUCUAUCAGUUUCAGCAUCGUUCCCUAUUCAUAUUCUGACAUCAUCAAUAUUACUGCCCACCUGUCUCCAUUGA